CGAUCCGCCAAAACUUUCGCUCGGUUACUCAGAGAAGAUCGAUGGCGUCUUCCGUCUCGGCGUGGGCGAAACCAGGCGCGUGGGCCUUGGACGCCGAGCACGAGGCUUCCAUGGGCAAGGAGGAUGACGGCGAUGCGUCGCUGGCGCAGCAACCGCAGCAGGAGUUCCCCUCCCUCGCUGCCGCCGCUUCCUCUAAGACAUCCAAGAAGAAGAAAAAGGCGCAGCCCAUCUCCUUUGCGGAGUUUACUACCGGGAAACCCGUCGCUCACGGCACUGGCGGUCGAUUCGCAUCCUCCUCUUCAUCCAAAGGCCUCACGGCCGACGAGCUCAUCCUCCUCCCUACCGGCCCGCGCGAGCGCUCUGCCGAGGAGCUCGAGCGCUCAUCCUCCAGGGGUUUCGGAUACACAUCGUACGGCGCCGGCGGUUCCCGUGGCCGAGCUGCGUCGGGUGAGGAUUCCGACCCCAGCCGUUGGGGUUCGUCUAGGGGGUCCGAUGAUGCGAGGAGAGGAGGUUUCGGCGGAUCUGGAGGUGGAUCUGAGAGGGAACUUGGCCCAUCCCGUGCCGACGAGAUCGACGACUGGGGAGCGGCGAAGAAAUCCCUAGUGCCCGAGAGGAGGGAGAGGGGUGGAACAGGGGGUUUCUUUGACUCGCAGUCGAAGGCGGACGAAUCCGAUAGCUGGAUCUCGAGCAAAAGCGUUGCACCUCCGGUGGACGCCCGGAGGAUAAGUAACAGCGGAUUUGAUGCGCCCAGGGAGAGGAGAGGGGGGUUCGACAUGUUCAGCAAGGAGGGAUCUUUCGGAGCUGGAGCCGAUUCCGAAACAUGGGGUAGGAAGAAGGAUUUCGUUACUGAUCCAGAUACAGAGAGGAGGGAAACAGAACGAAAUAGUGGGGAGAGGCGUAGGCUUGUGCUGCAGCCUCGUUCUUCCCCAGCGCCCGAUGGAAACAGCGAACAAGAAAUUCAAGGGGAGCAGCAUAAGCAGCUAAUAGAGAAGAGAAGCAAAGGUUCCAACCCCUUUGGAGAAGCUCGCCCACGAGAAGAAGUAUUAGCAGGGAAGGAGCAGGACAACGAACAAGAAAUUCAAGGGGAGCAGCAUAAGCAGCCAAUAGAGAAGAGAGGCAAAGGAUCAAACCCCUUUGGAGAUGCUCGCCCACGAGAAGAAGUAUUAGCAAGGAAGGGGCAGGAUUGGAAAAAGAUUGACGAACAACUGGAGACCAUCAAGAUUCGGGAUGUUCUCUCUGAAAGUUCUUCAUUUGGCAGAAAGGGACUUGAAGCAACAAAUGAGACUCAACGACCACCGGAGAGCCGUGCAGAUAAUGCCUGGAGGAAGGCGGAUGCUACUGUUUCUUCUCCUGCAAGAGAAAACAAAGUGGAUGAUCCUAACAAUUGAAAAUAUAGACCAGGACCAUACCAGUGCAGAAUCAUCUGAGGGUUUAUCUUCGUUGGUCUUUGAAAAAUACCCGUGGUGGUAAAGUUUCACCAGGAAAAGAUGAAAGUUUGCUAGAUUUUAUGGAAACGGAGUAAGUAUUGACAUCAUACCUCGAAAGUUCAUACCUUCCUCAGCUUCUCCACAUUUGGAAGAAUUUUGUUUUCUAUGAAUUACUAUUAACAUUUGUAAUAAGGAUGAUGUGGUUUCAUUCCAAGGAUUUAGUAUAAUUGAAAUGUACGAACAAAUUAUUGAUUGAUCUAUAGAUUAUGUUGGCUUUUUCACUAA